AUGACGUGGCGUCGGUUUUCGAGUCGUCGUCCGCCGCCGCCGCCGGAGAAAAUAACCGCCGCGGCGCUUCCGGUCGCGACGCGAAACGGCGAGACGUUUUGCAAAGCAUGCGGUCUCCCGUACGUCCGAUUCCUCAUCGCGUUCCCGAUGGAGCAAUGCCGAAAGAAACUCAAGGAAUGGCGCGACGACCGGAACAUACAUAACACCGAAAUCACCGCGGUCCUGCCCUUCGGUAGAGCCGUCGGCACCGCGAUGGCGUACGCCUACCUGGACGUGAACAACGUCGUCUCGCACGACGAAAUCGGUCGACGGAAGUACGACGCCGCGCAGCUCCCGUGGUACCUCCCCGACGGCCUCACGUUCCCGACCCUCGUGGAGGAGUUCAAACUGAUGAUGACGAACAACCUGAAGAAGGUCGGGUGGACGCGACGCGCGAUGCUGUGGAACAUCGUGUCGUUACGAGGCAAAGACGGCGGGUGGUCCCCCACCGACGCGCUCGCGGCGGCGUUGAAAGCCGCGGGCCCGCCCACCGCGUGCGCGUCCAUGCCCGCGACGGGUAGCGACGCGCCGACGCUGAAGAGCCAUCACGACGCCGCGGUGUUAACGCGCGCUGUCCCACUCGAGCUCGCGAAAGCCGCGCGCGAUGUCGGUUGGAGGAGGGUGGAGAGGACGUGGUGCACGCUGCUCGCGUUGGCGGCGUGCGAAAUAUACGAGUUGGGAUGGGUCGUAAACCCGUGGGACGAAUCGUUCGAGCCGUACGACAUCGCGCAGCACGGGUGGACGUUCGUUCAGAAGAACCUCGCGGGAACGUCCCCGGAGAUGGCGGACGCGGUGUUGCGCGGGAGAAACGCGGCGAAAAUUGCGGUCACGGCGUGGUGCGAGUCGCAUUCGGACGCGAUCGAAGGGUUACGCGAGCAGCGGAUCGCGGAGGCGGCGGAGAAGAAAAAAGACGAAAAAAAAACGCGUCCGAUCGUCGUCGUCGCCCUCGCGGCGAUUUGGUUCUGGCUCACGCGUCCGAUGCUCUUCGCGCGCGCGGCGUGGGCGUUCUUGAAGUUCAUCGUACACGCGUACUGCGAAGCGCACAUGUUCUUCAGGGCGUUUCUCGCGCCGGCGACGGCGCAAUUUACGGGCGCGCAGCGCCUCUUCGUGCAGUCGUCCAUCUACCUCAUGGGACUGCUCAUCUGCGUGUGGAUGUAUUCGAGCCGCGCGACGCAGUGUUGCGUCGCCGUGCGCGAAGCGCUCGGGUGCACGCCGAACAUCAUGGACGCGUGCAUAAACGUCGAUCCCGGGGAAGGGUGCGUCGUGUUGAUGCGCGCGACGAGACGGUUGCUCCCCCCGAAGUGGAAGUGCGACGCGUUCCCAGCGAGAGGCAACCUCCGGCACACGUUCGCGGUGAUCGGGAUUCAGGUGAUCAUGUCGCUCCCGACGCGUUUCGUCCUGAGCUCGCUGUUCGCGUUGGGCGGCGCCAGCGUCUCCGCGCCGCACUACAAGGAAUCCGUGAUGAAGGCGGGGAUGAACACCGCGGAGGUUUUAGCCUCGUGGUGUGAAUCCUUAUACGAGUUCGUCACAAACGCGGGAUCGGGCGCGCCCGCGGCGAGCGAACGCGGGGGGACGUUCGGGGCCGCGGUGAAGCGUACGCUCGAGAUGUGCGGGUUGUACCAGAGCGCUCUCGCGACGUCGAAGGCGGUGUCCUCCACGUGCAGAGAAUCUUUCGUGAAACCGUGGGAUCAUAUGAAGAUCGGCGAAGACAAGGAGGUCGCGUUCGGCGGCCAUCACGUGACGAAGCCGUUUAAAGAUGACACUUCGCGGUUGGAGGGAGGUGUAGAUCGCGAACACGUGGACGACGACGCCGGUGGUAAAAGCCGGCAAAAGGAGGUCGUCCUUCGCUGGAUCGCAUCCCAAGAGAAAGACGCGGUGCGUCGCGCGACGCGUACGUUCUCGCAAGAUGAUAUGAGAUCGGAGCGCAGGAAAUACCUUCGAAGAGUUAAAACGAGCUCCUCGCGCGUGUUGAAGCUCGCGUGGUGCCUCUUCGCGCUGUACUGGCUCGUGUGCUGCUACCUCAUCAUCGUCUACGGCGUUUUGAUAUAUCGAUACAUGGGCGCCGGGGAGGAGGGUGCGUACAUCACGACGUGGGGGAUGACGUUUUUGCUCGUCAACUUUGGUCUCUUAUCGUUGGUGAUCGUCGGAAGGAAAGCGUUCUACAAGACGUUCUACAACACCUGGCGAAAAAUGUUCACGCCGCAUUUCGAGCUGAACGCGUGGUACGAAGCGUACCUCGAACGCGUCGGCGGCGUUUUACUCGAGCGCAACGCGGACGGCUUGAAGGCUGCCGCCGCCAUCGCGCCGAGAGGCGCCAGCGCGAAAGUCGCGCCGGCACCGCCGCCGCAUCUCCUGCCGCCACAUACCGAUUCAGGGAACGACGACGAUUCGUUCGUGCCGAUCGAUCCCACGAUGAAGACGCGCUGGAAAGCAGCGAUGACCUCCGCGAGGGCGCACGCGAACCUCAACGUCGCGAUGGACUUUGCAUCUUUGUCGCGCGAGCGCAUGCGUAGAACUAUCGAGGCCGCGGAGGUGCAGCACGCGACGACCCUUCGGUUGCUUCACGGAGUCGAGGUGAACGACGCCGACGUCGACACCGCUACCAUCGUGCACGACGAUUUGCUCGAGAUGGUCGCGGAGUCACAUAGGGCGCUCGAGAGGAUGAAAGUUAUCGAGGGCAACAUCGAGGGCGAACGCGAAGAGGCGCGGAAAAAGCUGUUGAAGCGAUUGGGGUCGAAACAGGCUGAUGAAAACGGAGACGGCGACGACGGCGACGACGGCGACGACGGCGACGACGGCUACGACGGCGACGACGGCGACGACGGCGACGACGGCGACGACGGCGAAGAAAGACGCGCUCCAGUCGCGGAUGACUGA